UAUUAUUGAAUUGAAACAGGCGGCCAUCUUGGGAAGGUGGGUUUAAGCUGUCGUAAGGAGCCCUCAGCUCCGAUACGACUUUUGUUCAUGGAAUUGGAAAAUAUAGUCGCGAAUACAGUCUACAUCAAGGCGAGGGAAAGUAAGGCCAAGGGAAGGAGCAAAAAAUGGCGUUCGUUUUUGCAAUUUCCUCAUAUCUCACUGUGCAUUCAUUUGAAGAACGAACUCGAUCUCAGUUAUCGUCAAAUAUACACGGAACCGAUUGGCAGGGAGCUUUUUUGUGAGUUCUGCUCGUCCGACAGCUUUGCCGAUGGUGAAUUGUCGAGACUCGACAGCUUUCUAAGAGCUAUAAUCGAGUACGAAACCGCAGCUGAAACCGAGCGAAAGAGGCUCGCCUCCAAACUUGUACAGGACUUCUUGAAGAGCGAAAAGGACGACAGUAGUUACUUUAAUGGAGUCAUUGAAGCUUCUUCUGUAGAGGAAUUUAACCAGCUUUAUACCGAUAAUGAGUCUCUCACAUCUGAACUAUUCAUCUCCUUUAAAAGCUCUAUAGAAAAUUAUUUUGGUGGUGCUCCAUUUGAAAAAUUUAAGGAAAGCAUGUUUUUUGAACGCUAUCUACAAUGGAAAUACCUUGAAAGGCAACCUGUGACAAAAAAACUUUUUCGUCAUUAUCGUGUUCUUGGUAAGGGAGGAUUUGGCGAGGUGUGUGCUUGUCAAAGCAAGAUUAGUGGCAAAAUGUAUGCAAUGAAAAAGCUAGAAAAAAAGAGGAUAAAAAGGCGCAGGGGGGAGGCGAUGGCACUGAACGAGAAGCAGUUGCUUGAAAAAGUGGAUUGUAGAUUUGUGGUCAGUUUAGCUUAUGCGUAUGAGACGAAGGACGCUCUUUGUAUGGUCCUGACACUGAUGAAUGGUGGUGAUUUGAAAUUUCACAUUCACAACAUGGGAAAUCCUGGAUUCCUAGAGGAACGAGCAUAUUUCUACGCUGCUGAAGUUGCCAGUGGUUUGAUUGCUCUUCACUCCAAAAGAAUUGUGUACAGGGACAUGAAACCUGAGAAUAUACUGCUUGAUGAUGAUGGUCAUGUCAGGAUAUCAGAUUUAGGCUUAGCUAUUGAAAUUCCCGAGGAGGACAAUGUUCGGGGACGUGUUGGAACUGUUGGAUAUAUGGCUCCGGAAGUCAUUCUUAAUGAACGUUAUACGUUUUCACCGGACUGGUGGGGUCUAGGUUGUCUUAUAUAUGAAAUGAUUCAAGGCAAGUCCCCGUUCCGCGCGAGACGCGAGAAAGUGAAACGCGAUGAAGUCGAGAGACGUGUCAAGGAAGAUACAGAGGAGUAUUCAGAUAAAUUCAGUAGCCAUGCUCGACUUAUUUGCUCACAGUUACUCUCGAAAGAUCCGAAGACAAGACUUGGUUGUCGCGAAGGAGGCUGGGACGAGUUGAGGCGACAUCAAUUUUUUAAGAAUAUUAAUUGGGCACAGCUGGAAGCGGGACUCAUUACACCGCCAUUUGUUCCAGAUCCUCGUGCCGUUUAUUGCAAGGAUGUCCUUGACAUUGAACAGUUUUCAUCUGUGAAAGGCGUUCGACUUGAUGAUAACGAUGAAGGAUUUUAUCAUAAGUUCGCUACCGGAUGUGUUGCGAUUCCUUGGCAAAGUGAGAUGAUCGAGAUGGAAUGCUAUAAAGAACUCAACGUCUUCGGUCCUAAUGGAACGCGGUCAGUGGAUCUUUUAGGCGACCACCCCCCGGAACCGGAAAAAGAUCCCGGCUGUUUUAGCGGCUUAUGCUGUAGUAGUUCUAAUAAUUCGAAGAUAGAAACGACCGAGGCUACCACAACAACAAGUAUAAGCAAAAAUUCAUGAAACAUCCCCACAGUCGUAGCAAAUCUUUCCUUUCCUGUACAUAACGCUGGGCAUAAUUUAUAUAAUUUGGUGGAAAUAUUUUUAACUCCGAAGAAUACUUGGGUCGGGAACGCUUGUAUGGAGAGAAACUCAAGGCUGGUCCAUUCUUUUUCAUAGUUAGAAAUUUUCUUGAAGGUAUUACUCAAAUUGAAUCGCUUACCUUUGGAUGACGUCAUCGGGAGAAUGCGAGCACAUGAUGGACACGUGAUGCUCGCCAAGUCAGCAUUGUCUUCAUCAUGAUUAGCUAAGCCUUAGAACGUGAAUUUUUUUGUGAACUAUGAUUGGCUCGUCUUGUGUGAACUGCCCGUUGCUAUGAUUGACUUAUAUUAUGAAUUCUGGACCAUUGAACUAAAUAUAACUGGAAGGUUACAUCAAGCCAAAGGUUGAAACGAGCGAUGAAACUAGUUCCAAUCUUUCAAUGCGCGGCCAAUAGUAAUUUCAUUCACGACUGGACUCAAAUUGUUUCCGGUCAAGAUGACCGGUCGACAGUUCAUUUUAGCUCGGUCAAAGUCGGUUUUUGACCGAUCACUUAUACAUAUAAAUUGCAUCGUACUAAAUGUACACCGUCCUGGUUAGUGAAGUCCUAAGGACUGUUUGUGUUGGUGUUGACUGACGUUUCGACAACAUGACGGUAGUUCUCGUCAGAGUAAGUUGUACCUGUAGUCCUCGCUUGACUAUGAAGAUGACUACCGCCAAGGCUGUCGAAACGUCAGUCAACAUUACCACCAACAGUCUUUGUCAGGACUUCACUAACUAGGAUCAUCUACCAACAACAUGCAUGUAACGAUACUCCGGGCCUUGAACCAUUCAAUUCAUGCAUAAAUUGCUCAAAAAACGCGAAAUGUGUUUGACAUUUUAAGCUCGCAAGAUGUUACCAUGCAUCGCAUGACAGUUGUACUUUUGACAGACGUCAAAAUGACCGACCGGGUAGUAAAUUGGACGAUCAACAAGCUUUUUUGGACGGUUAAUUUCCGUUGACCGACCGUUAUUUUGAGCCCUGUUGCGACAAUAAGCUAGGCUUGAGGAUAAAAUUUGUCUUCGCGCAAAGUAAACGCAUGUUUACCUAAAGGUAGCAUUCCAGUUACAUAUUUAGCUCAAUGAUUCUGACGCGGUCAUACGCACAUGAUAAACGCGUGGCUCAGAAGAGAUUUAAGUUUUCAUGUGCGCAUAACCUUGUCAGUAUUCAUAAUAUGAUUCCCUGAUGAUGGCUUUGCUAUGACUGUCUUAUCAUAUAUGAAGAAAUCAUAUGGCUCUUAUGGUUUCUUAUUUUCCUAAAUCGUAUGGUAGAGUGAAGAUCCUUACUGGCUGGUCCACCAUUGGUAUUAAUUGUACAGUUAUAAAUCGAAUUUGUAGCAAUUUAGAAUAAAUUUUGUCACUCUUUUAUUGUUUAA